CAUAAGCAUGCGAACUAGGUUAGCGGGGUGUCCAACGUGCUAAUAAUGUCUUCCCCAACAUUCUGGAUGUCUUGGCAGGCUGUCAGCUGUUUUGGGUAAAGCGCACGCGGCCGAGGCGUGGCGGUAAAGAUACGCUGACUUGCCGGAACACGAGACUGGUAUGGUAUACCAAUAAUGCCGAACAUCAGCCAUUGACCAUCAGACACCGGCAUCAGACCUCAGCCUCCACACGACCAGGCAGCAUGCCUUGAAUUUAACUGUGCUCUUUUCUGUCUCUGUCCGUUCUGCCUCGAUGGAUAUCUAAUAUUGUCCUUCCUUUGAACAGGAGAUUACCACCUCACGGCUGCCUCCCAACAGGUGCUUCACCCGCACGUCCUACUGCCUAUACGAGACAACAAAGGGGGAGAACGAGUGUAUGUGUAGGAGAAAUCAAAGCAGGCCACCAUGCUGGAUCCUAUCCCACCACCACCACAAUGGUUGCAAGAUGCCUUCCGGCCUGUUGCAGAGAAGUUGGGCCUCCAUGCCAUGACCCUUCACAUCCAUGAGGUCAUCUUCUUUUUCGUCUUCUACCAGCUCAUCCAGUCUGUGGUGUCACCCAUUCUCUCGAACGCCCUGUUCCCCAAAUUCUACCCUCACUUCAACCGUCGAACGAAGCUGAACUGGGAUGUUCAUGUCGUCUCUCUCAUACAAAGCUCUCUUAUUAACGCUGUCGCACUUUGGGUUAUGUAUGCCGACAAGGAGCGCCAGGCGAUGACCGCGUCUGAGAGGGUUUGGGGCUAUUCUGGUACUUGCGGUCUGAUACAGGCUAUGGCAGUGGGGUAUUUUAUUUGGGAUCUAAUUGUUAGCACGCGGUAUAUUGGUGUGUUUGGUAUUGGGCUUUGGUUUCAUGCCGUCAGUGCGUUGUGGGUGUAUAGCUUGGGAUUCCGGCCUUUCGUAAACUACUACGCACCAACCUUCAUCCUUUAUGAGCUCUCUAGCCCAUUCCUCAAUUUCCACUGGUUUUUCGACAAAGUCAACAUGACAGGCAGUAAGGCGCAAUGGUACAAUGGGAUGGCAUUGCUGUCGGUUUUCUUCUGCUGUCGCCUUGCCUGGGGCACAUGGCAGUCCUUCCGGGUCUUCGUCGACAUCUUCACAGUUUAUUCACAAGCCCGUGGUAACUCUACCUGGAACCCACCGGAUGGACAUGUAUCAGCAGGUGCAGAAGUUUCCAAAUUCGCAGAUACGACAAUGGCUUAUGGCAUCCCCCUCUGGCUUGUUAUAACAUACCUUAGCAGCAACCUCACCCUCAACUCCUUAAAUUUCUUCUGGUUCGGGAAAAUGAUUGAGACUGUCAUGAAGCGAUUUAGGGUACCUGCGCCCGGCGCUGAGACAAAGGUGAAAGCGGAGGAACAAAUUGCCAAGAUCAAGAGGGAAAUCUCAGAUAACAGUGACGCCGUGCUGGAAGCGGCUGCGAAGCUUGAAGAACAAGAGAGACUCUUCAACAAUGGCGGUAUGCUUGAGUAUUCCGAUGGGGAGAAGAUGACAGUACGAGCCUCAACUGCGACUGCACCUGCUCCUUCGGCCAGGAGGCGGAAAGCAUAGACUGGUUUCUCAAGCAUACCCAUCUCUAAAACAGAGAUUUAUUCACGCCCGCCCGCCUCCACCCGUUUUCUUUUAGCUCACUCGUUCCUCUCACUUUUGGCCUACCUACGGUAGCUACCAGUCAUACUGAUGCUGCUAUAUUCUACUGAUGUUCCUGUUAUUUUCUUUUAUAAUGAAUGAGGCCCACCACCCAGUUUCACAUAGAUUCUUUUUUCCCAUUCGCGUUCAAACUUGUGCCUCUUUCCCCUUUCGUUCCGGAGCAUGAAUGAACCAAGGUGGUACAGUUAUGGAAAGACUAGUUCUCAUGACUUUAUUUGUCUUUGAUUACUCAUUUUUAGUAUAUGUCCAUGCUUACGGGUUAUCCAUUUCAGCUUUGGUCCAAGCGAGUAUCUCUCUAUUUAUUUAUCUCUUUUUCUUUCUUUCUUUCUUUGUCUAUACCAGAUUUCUAUCUAACCAAGUUGAUCCCUACUAUCAUUACACUGCGGAGUAUUUUAAUUAGAAUCAGUUGCAUUAAGAUAUACACCUACGAAUAUUUGAAGCUGUAAAUGGCAUAUCAGUACUCGUACCAACAGUUUCAGGAGAAAAUGAAUGAAGUCUUCACUUCCUUAUAAGCGACUCAUAGGUAAGUAUACAGCUAAAAGCUACAUAGGAUAGGGGAAUAAAAGAACUUGGUACAAGUUUAAACCAGCUUCCUCCCAGAAAGCCAACGAGCGCCUCACAGUCACAAGCAUGGAAAAAUGAGAUUAGAACUAUGUGUAAGCCUCAAACUCCC